UUUGGAGGAGGCCACGAUGAUCAUCACGGAGGUGGAGGAGGCGGCGGCUUUGGAGGAGGCGGUGGUUUUGGAGGCGGUCAUGACCAUGGAGCUGGUGGGGGCGGAUACGGAGGAGGCGGUGGCUUUGGAGGAGGCGGCGGACUCGGAGGUGGCCAUGAUGAUCACGGUAUUGGAGGAGGUGGAUAUGGAGGCGGUGGUGGAGGAGGAUAUGGAGGAGGAGGCGGCGGAUUUGGAGGUCACGACGAUCACCAUGGAGGUGGAGGCGGUGGAUACGGAGGCGGUGGUGGAGGAUAUGGAGGAGGCGGAGGCCACGGAGGUGGUGGAGGAGGAGGCGGACAUGGAGGAGGUUGGGAUCGGAAAUAGCUCUACCUCUAAACAAGUUCUUUCAAGUCGUGUCAGUAUUAAUAUAAAUAAUUUGAACACUCUAAGCGCAUACUGGAAAAUUUAUAAUUUGGACUGUCUACUAAAACAUUGUUUGAGUGUAUAUUUUUGGUUUUGCGUAUGUAUUUUCAGGUUUAAUUCUUCAUAUUUAUAAGUGGUUCGCCUUAAAGUUGUUCAGAUAUCCCAAAAACACCACACUAAAUGCUCUCUAAAAUAAUCAAAUUAAAGUUGCUUAGGUCAGAACUACACUUAAUGCCGCUGUAGCUCAUUGUGAUUGUAUAUUAUACCAUCUUUUUGUAAAUAUUAGGUUGCGAAUGUGUCCGUUGUUAUUACUUAUAUCUGUAAAUAUUACGUUUAAGGAUGUUAAUUAUGUUAAAUAAAAUUAUUAUAUUUUUUAUACGAA